UCAGUCUGUGAGUGCAGAAAAAUGGCAGAGGCCAGUAUUUCAGUAGGUCAGGACCAGUUCAGCUGUCCAGUCUGUCUGGAUCUGCUGACGGACCCAGUGACGACUCCCUGUGGACACAGUUUCUGUAUAGUGUGUAUUAAUGGCUGCUGGGAUCAGGAUGAUCGGUGGGGGGUCUACAGCUGCCCCCAGUGCAGAGAGACCUUCACUCCAAGGCCUGUUCUACGCAGAAACAACAUGCUGGCUGAAGUGGUGGAGGAAGUGAAGAAGGAGAAAGUCCAAGCUGCUUCUCCUGCUCACUGUUAUGCUGCACCUGGAGAUGUGGAGUGUGAUUCCUGCCCUGGGAGAAAACGUAAAGCCAUCAAGUCAUGUUUGUUGUGUCUGGCUUCUUACUGUGAAGCUCAUCUUAAACCUCACUAUCAGUCUCCUGCCUUUAAGAAGCACAAGCUGGUCGAGGCCUCCAAACAGCUACAAGAGAAGAUCUGCUCUCAACAUGAUAAACUGAUUGAGAUCUACUGUCGUACUGACCACAGCUGCAUCUGCUAUUUGUGUACGAUGCACGAACACAAAGGUCACGAUACAGUGGCAGCUGUAGCAGAACGAUCUGAGAAACAGGGUCAGCUGAAGGAGAUGCAGAGGAGAUCUCAGCAGAGACUCCAGGAGAAAGAGAAGAAGCUGCAGGAGGUGAAACAGGCUGUGAAGACUCUUAAGAGCACUGCACAGGCAGCAGUGGAGGGCAGUGAGAGGAUCUUUACUGAGCUGAUCCGCUCCAUUGAGAAAAGGCGCUCUGAGGUAACAGAGCUGAUCAGAGCUCAGGAGAAGGCUGAACUGAGUGGAGCUGAAGAACUCCUGGAGCAACUGGAGCAGGAGAUUGCUGAUCUAAAGAGGAGAGACACUGAGCUGGAGCAGCUUUUACACACAGUGGAUCACAUCCAUUUCCUACAGCUGCUACCCGUGACCCACUACCAGUCCCCACGCCUCUGGACCCGCCGCCAGUCGCCAAGGAUGCCUGCCUCCGUGGCCGUUGCUGCAGGCCCGCCUGCCUCCAUGGACAUCGCAGCCCCUUUGUUCUCGCCCAUCCUGCCCUCACCAGUGUCUGCUGCUCCCCGUGUUCUGCCUGCGUCUGCUAUUGUGUCCCCUCCCCUCCCACUCUGCUGCCCCCUUAUUUCAGAGAAAACGAAACUGAUCUCAGAGAGCUGCUCUCUCUCAGACUGUGAGAGGAGGAAGAUGGCCAGUAUUUCAGUAGAUCAGGACCAGUUCAGCUGUCCAGUCUGUCUGGAUCUGCUGAAGGAUCCAGUGACGACUCCCUGUGGACACAGUUAUUGUAAAGUGUGUAUUAAUGGCUGCUGGGAUCAGGAGGAUCAGAGGGGGGUCUACAGCUGCCCCCAGUGCAGAGAGACCUUCACUCCAAGGCCUGUUCUACACAGAAACAACAUGCUGGCUGAAGUGGUGGAGAAACUGAAGAAGACAGAACUCCAAGCUGGUUCUCCUGCUCUCUGUUACGCUGGACCUGGAGAUGUGGAGUGUGAUUCCUGCACUGGGAGAAAACACAAAGCCAUCAAGUCCUGUUUGGUGUGUCUGGCUUCUUACUGUGAAGCUCAUCUUAAACCUCACUAUCAGUCUCCUGCCUUUAAGAAGCACAAGCUGGUCGAAGCCUCCAAACAGCUACAAGAGAAGAUCUGCUCUCAGCAUGAUAAACUGAUUGAGAUCUACUGUCGUACUGACCAGCAGAUGGUCUGUUAUUUGUGUACGAUGGAUGAACACAUGGGACACAGUACAGUAGCAGCUUCAGCAGAAAGAAAAGAGAAACAGAAUGAGCUGAAGGAGGAGCAGAGGAAAUCCAAGCAGAGACUCCAGGAGAAAGAGAAGAAGCUGCAGGAGGUGAAACAGGCUGUGAAGACUCUUAAGAGCUCUGCACAGGCAGCAGUGGAGGACAGUGAGAGGAUCUUUACUGAGCUGAUCCGCUCCAUUGAGAAAAAGCGCUCUGAGGUAACAAAGCUGAUCAGAGCUCAGGAGGAGGCUGAACUGAGUGGAGCUGAAGAACUCCUGGAGCAACUGGAGCAGGAGAUUGCUGAUCUAAAGAGGAGAGACACUGAGCUGGAGCAGCUUUCACACACAGAGGAUCACGUCCAGUUCCUCCAGAGCUUCCAGUCUCUCUGUGUCUCUUCUGGAUCUGAGGACUCCUCCAGCAUCACUGUCCAUCAACAUCUCUCAUUUGAUGGAGUGAAGAAAUCUCUCUCUGAUCUGAAGGAGAGACUAGAGGAAUUCUGCAAGCAGGAAUUCAGGAAAAUCUCUCCACAUGUUUCAGCAGUUCAGAUGAUUUCACCCUCAGAGCCACAAACCAGAGAAGAUUUUCUACAGUAUUUCCGUCGUCUGACUCUGGAUCCCAACACAGUAUAUCAGUUCCUCAGACUGUCUGAGGAGAACAGAGUGGUGACGUGCAGUAAGAACAUCCAGUGUUACUCUGAUCAUCCAGAGAGAUUUGACUGCUGGCAUCAGGUGUUGAGUAAGGAGAGUGUGAGUGGACGCUGUUACUGGGAGGUUGAGUGGAGAAGUGCUGGAUAUGAUCUGUACAUCUCAGUCUCAUAUAAAGGGGUCAGCAGGAAAGGACGAGGUAAAGAGAGCAGGUUUGGACACAACAGUCAGUCCUGGAGUCUGCAGUGUUCUCCUUCCUCUCUCUCUUUCUAUCACAACAACAUUCAGACUAAGAUCUCAGCCUCAUCCUCCUCCAGAAUAGGAGUGUAUGUGGAUCACAGUGCAGGAACUCUGUCCUUCUACAGCGUCUCUGACACACUGACCCUCCUACACACAGUCCACACCACAUUCACUCAGCCGCUCUAUGCUGGAUUCUAUGUUGAUGGUUGGAUUGGGCUUAGUGGUGGAACUAUGAGGUUGUGUGAUCCAAAAUGAUGUGUAUGUUGUAAAUCUCGGUUCCCUUGUUGCACGAUUCAAUAUGUCAUGCUGUGAAAAUGUUCAGACCCCAUUCCCUCAGCUUCCUGGGUGGGUGUGGUUGUGUCAGCUGUUUGAGUCUUAAAGAAACUAAGAUAAUGAGUCUAAAGUCUUUUCAGUAACAGAGCUGAAUGAAAAUGUCUGUGUGCAGUGAUAAACUGUGCUUUGGAGAAAAGUAGAAGAAUCCUGUGUUCUAAUCCCACUGAGCUACAAACUCUUACAGCCUUAUAGUAGCUAGAUUUCCACUGAUUUAAUGUACAUCUGGCACCAAUACAGUUCAAGAAAUCAUUAAAAACAGGUUUGGUACCAUUAUUUUAUAGAAAUGCUUUACAUAAAGAAAAACUAAUGAAAUAUAUAUUGAAAAUAAAAAGUUUUGCUUCCCAUGAAAAACAUCAGUAUUAGUGUAUUAGUUUAUUAUUAGUGUAUUCAAUAAAUACAUGCAGGUAUUUUUCUGUAUAAGGUUAAAAAACAUUGACCACUUAUGUGAAGGACUUCAUUAAUUGGUCUCAUUAUAAAACAUUAAAACAUACACUGGGGUCCUAAAGUGGGGUCCACAAGUCAAAA